AUGGCAGUUGACUGGACGCAGAUGAAGGACGGCAAACUUCUGUACUCUGAAAUCCAGAAGCCAUUUCUCGGACCACGUUUGCAGUCAGCGAGGAUUAUUUUGAAGGGCCUUCUGCUCAUUCGUGUCCUUAAGGACUUACCAGAGAUGAAAUUUGUCAGCAAAGAUUGUUUCAUUGCACUUGAGUUCUUGAAGGCUGUCAUUGACACAAAUGAUAAAAAGUAAGUGUCCGAGAACUGAGACUUGGUAGAACACCAGUUCACCAGGUCUGACAUAUCAUCCCCGAUACGGACACGCUGUUUUGAGAUCAACCUGAAGCGCGCUUAUGCAGUCAAGAACGCCUCGUAUGCCGGCAACCGCCUUACGGGGUUGUACUUGAACACAGACUGUAGGCAGCCGGCUCACACCAAGAAGUGGGGCCGAUGGUGCCGCCUUUGGAAAGGAAGAUGACUGAGUUCUAAUCAAACGUCAGUGAUCCUAUGCAUAAUGCAGAUUUGGAGAAAGUUAUCUGAUAAUGUGUGAUUUUCCUCAAAGGGUGACCGCAGAUUCAACCAUUGCUUUCACCUUGAACUUUAUUUUCUAAAGACUUUUGCACAAUAUGUUUAAGUAACGGGCACGUAUGAAUGUUAGCUUAUAAUAUAAGGCAUUGGGAACAACAUGCAAUCAUUUUUUCACCCAGACAUACUCGCCAUUCUAGUUCAGGCGCCAGUUUAAGACGCGUCUACCCAUCGAGUAAGUUCAAAUGAGAACUUUAAAUAACCACACUUGUUAAAAGACCCCGCAACACUUUCCGACAUAACACCAGCUAAAUUCCUACAAAAAGUACGUUUUGACUGUUAAAACUCCUAGCAUUGCUAGUAUUUAUUGAGAUGUAGAUAUAAUGUUUGUUGAAAUGUUUGCGGACCUUCAAGUUAAAUAGAUGAAAGCCAGGUUAAAGUUUAUUUUUAAAAUUAAGUUAUUCUAUUGAGCAAUGGUGAAAAAAAAACAUUUGAAUAUGGUCCUAAACACCCAUGCGUAAUACCUUAAUUGAAAUACCUCAUUUCACUUAUCAUCCAAAUAAUUCAUGUGAUCUGCCACAAGGCUAAAUUCAUAUCACGUCAUUUCCGCUAAGAAGUUCUUGCAGUCAAGCCAGAUGUAGAUUAAUCAAUCAAACUCCAAGACUAUUCGUGAUUUACUUGACCAAAUAUCCGAUAUCCUCAUCGGACCUCCCCAUCGUUAUAGCAGCACGGUGGUUGCUUCGAUAAAUGUCAAACAUUACUCGCAAGGCACACCUGGAGAUGAGUCACUAGGAUGAUCGAAACCAAGAAUUGGCAGUUUGCAAUGGCUAAUAGGAUUAAAGUUCGAAGGAGGCCAACUGAUAUGAUGCCGGUAGAUUACCGGCAAAGAUGAAUGAAUGAAAGCAAGGUAACAGUUUAAUUUUAAAACAACCCUAUUCUGUUGAGCAAUGAUUGAGAAAAUAUAUUUGAAUAUGGUGUUAAACACCCUUGCAUGAUACCUUUAUUGAAAUACUUCAUUUCAGUUAUUAUCCAAGUAAUUCAUGUGAUCUGGCACACAGCCAAAUUCAUAUCACUUCAUUUCGGCUAAGAACUUCUUAGCGGUCAAGCCAGUUGUAGAUUAACCAACCAGAUUCCAAUGGUCUUCGUGACUCACUUGAUCAAAUAUCCGGUAUCCUCAUCGGAUCUCCCCAUCGUUAUAUCAGCAGGGUGCUUGCUUUAAUUAGUGCCAAACAUUAUCUGCUAACGUUGUGUGGACAUUAUUCACUGAAGUCGUCGUAUUCACAACUUGCCAUAUACAGGAGUUUUCAAUGGCUAAGAGGACUAAAGUUCGAAGGAGGCUAAGUGAUAUGGUGCCGGUAGAUUACCGGCAAAAGCUAGGAGUCUAAGGGGACUAAGUCAAGGUCCAGAAAAAAACUCUAUCUACAUCACUACGCCGCUUCCCCCCCCCCCCCCUAUACAGGCAUUGCUGUUCUCGGCAAAUUCCGUAUUCUCUGUUUGACCGAGGCCGUCUGGCAAUUUCCAAAAAACUGAGGGGUACAUUGGAUUCGUAAUUGACCAUCGGGUGGAAUUUCCCCAAUCCACACUGUGCGACGACAUCGCAACACACCCAUUGAGUGUAGGCAUAAAUGAGAGUUGCAAAGAAGUAAAAUUACUCAAAAGAACUGGGAAGAGAGUCCAAACUGCAGAAAACGGGAUGGUACGCAGGACAUUUAACGUAGACUGGAGUGAGUUCGCUCACCGUUAAGGCGUGACAUACGAAGCAGGACACCUCCGUUAAUAGAGGGGACAUUAGGGCUACGGUUAGGGUUAAUGUUAGUGCCCUAAUGAACUCCGAGUCUCCACAUCGCUGGCACAGCUGCCAUCGUCAGCACAUUUCGCGUUCACACCACGUGACCUUGUAAGUGGAACACGGAAGCGAUCAAUGAUUGUCACAGUUCGAAUCAGUCUGGGGAGACGCAUGAGGCACAAAAUGGAGUUUGCUAACGUCAACGACGUGGUAGCUGGAGUUUGGGCGUAAUGCGGGAACGCGUAGUUUCAAAGAGUGAAAGAACUUACGGAACCGAGACCCGAAACACGACACACGGCAAGUACCUGUGUGAUUUGUCAAUAUUGCUAUUACGGAUAUUUAUUUCAUGCAUGUCAAUGGAGCGCUGAGUAUGAUGCAUUUCUACCGUAGGCGCGUUAACGCAGUCGAAGAAUACAAUUAUUUGUGGCCAGCAAAUCUACUUGCAUGAUUUUUGUCGAUUUCGGACUAUGUUGCGACGUGAAUGGCGACUUUAUUGCCAAUACCUCGACCAAAAUUGGUUGCUGGCGUGGGCACUUCGAACACCAUCCCAAAUUCGAUACCCAACACAUCACGCCCUUGCUUUCCUCUCCAGCGCAGUUUCUUCCACCUCCAACCUAUGCAGUGUCAAGCGACCCCCCAACUGAAAGAGAAAUCACAGAUGCUAUACGAAAGCUACGUAACACCAAGGCACCCGGAGAGGACGGUGUACCCGAUGAAAUUUACAGGUUUUGUGUCGAAACGCUGGCGCCCUAACUCCAUGAGGUGAUUGAACAAUCGUGGCGAGAUGAGGUUGUUCCUGAUGACUGUGGCUUAGGCAUCCUUGUACCUGUACUCAAGAAGGGGAAUAAUACAAGAUGCGAGAACUACCACGGGAUAAGCCUAAUCGACGUUGCGGCGAAAAUCUUCGCUAUUGUCCUUCUUAAACGAUUCCUGGCUGUGCGUGACUCAAGGACGAGGCCCAACCAAGCCGGAUUCCGUGCUGGACGUGGAUACACAGAUCAGAUAUUCACGCUGAGGCGCAUUCUCGAAUUUUGCCUUUACUACCAACAACUGACUGCCGUCUGCUUCAUGGACUUUGACGCUGCGUUCAAUUUCGUAUGUCAUGAAACCCUGUGGUGGCUAGUGGCUAGAGAAACAGGUAGAGAAAGGCAAGUUAGUCUGGCGCCUUGGCACAGUACCCCCCUCCGAGACCGGAGGGCGACGAAAACGACGCCGAAGGAUGUGUACAGGUCUAAAGGAAAUGAGUGACCGACCGAUCAGGAAAGUGUACAUGACGACCACUGCGAGUGAUAUACACAGGGUCCGUAGAAGAGCGAAUACAUUGUGUUGACACUCUGGCGCCCUGGCUCCAUGAGGUGAUUGAACAAGCGUGGAGAAGCCAAACUUCCCCCGAUGACCGGGGCUAGGCAUCCUUGUACCAAUCCUCAAGAAGGGGAAUAAUGCAAGAUCCAAAAAUUACCGCGGCAUUAGAGUCAUCGGCUUUGCGGCAAAAAUCUUCUGUAUUCUCCUACUCAGACCAUUCGGGGCUGAGCAUGACUCGAGGCCGAGAUACAACCAGGCCGGAUUCCGUGCUGGACGUGGAUGCGCAGAUCAGAUAUUCACACUGAGACGCAUUCUCGAAUUCCGCCAUGGCUACCAAAAACCGACGGCCGUCUGCUUCAUCGACUUUGCCGCCGCGUUCGAUUCUGUCCAUCAUGAGUCCUUAUGGCGGAUAAUGACACUAGAUGGUGUACCGCCACAACUCAUUACCAUAAUCAAAGCCUACUAUCGCCCGCCUUCGGCACGAUUCCUGAUCCGCAACAGUCUUUCCCAACCGUUUGCUAUUCGGUCUGGAGUUCGACAGGGUUGUAUCCUGUCGCCCAUUUUUUUCAACUACGCUAUUGAUCGGAUUCACUGGAAGGCCCAACACGAAGGUGACGGUGUAGAGUUUGCACCCGGACACCGACUGACUGAUCUCGACUAUGCCGAUGCUAUUGCCUUACUUGCUUCAAGUUUCGGUGGUCUGCAGUCUAUGGUGACAAGGGUAAACAAAGUUGCUAAAUCGGUCGAUUUAUCCACAAACGUUGGGAAGCUUAAAGUGUUUUCAUGCUGCAUACCUGACCAGGAGAAGGCACUUCUGGGGAUUGCUGGGGAUUGA